CCUCUGGCCCUUAACAUUUGUUUAGCCAACCCAUCUGGCCAUUCCACUUGGAGUUUGGGACUGACUAACUAGAGCAACAUGUCUGCCAGCCAGAGUUUUGCUUUUGCCAUUUUCAUUUUAGAAAUAAGCGUCCUGGCAGCAGGUCCUACUCCUAGUUAUGUCACCGAGUCAGGAGGAAACAGGGGCACUCCAGAGCCCAUCGACUGCAGAAUGAGCCCCUGGAGCGCAUGGUCAGAGUGUGAUCCUUGCCUCAAACAAAUGUUUCGUUCACGAACCAUUGAGGCCUUUGGACAAUUUAAUGGGCAAAAGUGUCUUGAUGCCCUGGGAGACAGGAAAGAAUGUUUUCCCACUCGGACCUGUGAAGAGCCUGAGGAUGAGUGUGGAAAUGACUUCAAGUGUGAUACAGGCAGGUGUAUAAAGAAGCGUCUUCUGUGUAAUGACGACAAUGACUGUGGAGAUUUUUCAGAUGAGGAUAAUUGUGAAAAGGAUCCCCAGCCCCCCUGCCGUGGUAAGGUAGUGGAAGAGUCGGAACUGGCCAGGACAGCAGGCUUUGGCAUGAACAUUUUAGGGAUGGAUCCGCUCUCCACCCCUUUUGACAAUGAGUACUACCAUGGUCUCUGUGACCGAAUUCGAGAUGGAAAUACUUUAAAUUACUACCGGAAACCUUGGAAUGUGGCAACUCUGGCUUAUGAAACCAAAGCUGAUAAAAAUUUCAGGACUGAGUUUUAUGAAGAUCAAAUUGAAUCAUUCAAAAAGUUUGUCCGAGAGAAGAUAAAAACUUUUAAUGCAGGUUUUAGUCUGAAAUUCACACCUACUGAAACAAUUCAACAUCUGACAAAAUCUGAAGACUCUCCUACAAACACAACACCCUCAAACUCCUCAAUUCCUUUAAAGUUUGACAGUAAACUUCAAUUUUCAUAUUCAAAAAAUGAAACUAUACAAAGGUUACUGUCAUAUUCUGCUCAGACGGGUAAAGUAUUUAUGCAUGUAAAAGGAGUAGUUCAUCUGGGAAGAUUUAUGAUGAGAAAUCGGGAUGUCAUGGUGACAACAGCUUUCUUGGAUGAUAUAAAAGCUCUUCCAGUUGCCUAUGAAAAAGGAGAAUAUUUUUCAUUUUUGGAAACCUAUGGAACCCACUACAGUCACUCUGGGUCUGUAGGAGGACUAUAUGAACUAGUAUAUGUUUUGGAUAAAGCUUCCAUGCGAAGACAAGGUGUUGAACUAAGGGAUGUACGGAGGUGCCUCGGAUUUGAAGCAAGAAUUUCUUUGAGCUUUGCAGUUGAAGCCUCAGCAAAUAUUAGUAGCAAGUCUUGUCUAACAGAGAAAAAAGAUAACAAGGAAAACGUGAGCGAUGGUCACUACAUAGAUGAUGUUAUUUCACUGAUAAGAGGAGGAACAAGCAAAUACACAAUUGAACUGAAAGAAAAGCUUCUCAGAGCCAAGGCAAUUGAUGUGACUGACUUCGUAAAUUGGGCCACUUCCUUAAGUGAUGCUCCUGUGCUCAUAAAUCAACAACUAUCUCCGAUAUAUAAUUUGGUCCCACUAAAAAUAAAAGAUGCCCACCAAAAGAAGCAAAAUUUGGAAAAAGCCAUUAGAGAUUAUAUCUCUGAAUUUGAUGCAAGAAAAUGUCACCCAUGCCAGAAUGCAGGCACAGCGGUUCUGAUGGAUGGGCAGUGCUCAUGUAUGUGCCCAGUCAACUUUGAGGGACUGGCUUGUGAAAGAAGGAAACAAAACGUUCCUUCUCAGAAUUCGGGGCCAAGAAGAGAAUAGAGCUGUUGGCUUCCCUGGGAUCCUAUAAAAAGAAAAAAAAACACUUGGAUCAGCCAGUAUAUGAUCCUGCCCCUUGAGAUAAUUCUUGGUGCCAAAGGAAGAAGCAAAGUGCUUUCUGAAAAUCUCACCGGCAUCUGAAGUCUCCUCUCUCCUCUAUCCAGAAUGUUUCUUUUCCUCCUUAAGCUCCUAUGAUGUUUUCAUUUGUUCUGCCCUAAUGAGGAGAGUCAGCAGUGAAAUAUGCCAGCACUGCUUUCUCCCACAGGCAAUGCCAAUCUCUCCCUAACAAAACAAAAUUAAAUUAAAAAGAGAACAUUGGUUAAAAGGC